AUGGUGAACAUGCAACUGUUCUUCAACGUACUUCUCAUGAAAUACUUCGAAGAUUCCAAUUGCGUUUACUACAUGAAUAAAGGAGAUGAAAAUAUUAUCGGUGAGAUAAAGAAUAAACCAAUGGUGAUUUUCAACCAAUUCGACUGUAUGGAGUUUUAUGAAAACUUCGCUUGUCAAGGUUUCAUAAUUUCAUCGCCGGAUCCCAUACAAGUUUUGAAAAGUGUCGAGUUUCAACUGAAAUACGUUAAAUUCGCUCGCUUCAAUCGUCGUAAAUAUUUACUCGUAACAAGUAACGAAACCGAGUUGAAUGAUGAGGUUUUGAGGAUGAUACCUAAAGUAGUUUUGGCCAUGAAAAUGAAGCGAAUUGAAGAUUGCUAUGAGCUAUUUACUUUAGAGUAUAUUGGGACGGAUAAUCGAACCGUUUCUUUGGGAACUUUAUGUGACGGAAACGAAUCUAUUAAAUAUGAUUCUUUUGGAAUCGAGAAAAGGAAUUUUAUGGGUAAAGUACUCAAGUUGCCGAUGUUUUCUACUCCACCUUACGUGGAUCUAAGCAGUAAGAAAGGUAUUGAAUUACCGUUAUUUUUGACGUUUUGCGAGAAGUAUAAUUUCACUGCGAACAUGAUCUUGGAGGAGGAUAAAUGGGGAAGUGUUCAUGGAAAUUUUGUUGGUGUCGGAGCUUUGUACAAAACUGCUAUUGGAGCUACAGAUCUUACUAUGGGUGGUUAUUAUCGCAUGGAAAAGAGGCAUUUCUACAAUGAUUUUUCUGAUUACACAACUCGUUCUGCAGUUAGUGUACUUGUACCAGAACCCAGAUUGAUGAGUGGAUGGAAAGAUUCAUUCAGGUCAUACACAUUGAAUACUUGGAUUGCAACCAUCUUAAUGUUCGUGUUUUUGGUGAUAGUCAAAUACGGGAUGGAGAUAUUUCGAAGAAGAUAUAUUUUACGCAAAAACGUCACAAACCGUUGGGAGAUGCUUUGCAACGAGAUAUUUUAUAUAAUCUCCUUAUACCUGCAUCAGUCUGUACAAAUCAGCCUUCGCAUCUUCACCGGAUUCGUGAUAUUGUUUUGCAUCUUCUUGGAAGUGUUUUAUUCCUGCAGAUUAGCCAGCAUCAUCGCAAAACCAACUUACACAGAUGUGAUCUCAAGCAACGCUGACCUUGAGAAAAGCGAAAUCAAAGUAAUUGGAUUGACGACUGGUUACAUUGCCAUUAUAUUGAACGAAAAAAAAUAUCAAAGCAUUGUUAAAAGGUUCAUCGAGAUCGAUGAUAAAACUUUAAUGGAAUAUUUGGAAGGUACUGAAGAUGUUGCAAUAGCAGUGGAUAAUUUAGAAAAAGGUGCGAAUUCUGAAGUUUUCACGAUCUUCGACUAUAUUUAUUAUUUAGGUUAUUCGUUCGAUGAGUUUGGGAUAAAUAUAAGGACGAGUGAUUUGAGCAAAUUCCGGUUACUUCCCGGAGAGUUAUCCUACGAUUAUUGCGUCUUCAUGGGCACAAAACACUCGUCUUUAAUGCCACUAUUGAACGAACAUUUAUCCAGAUUAAGAGAGUCAGGAUUGAUUUACUAUUACAUGUAUGAUGCGCUGAGAGUGCAGGCCUACAAUAAAUAUUUUAUUGUUUCUAAUGCCAAUCGAAAGGAAAAGAAGGACUACAUCAAGUUGAAUUUCAACAGUAUCGAAGGAGUGUUUCUUUGCUGGGCUAUUGGAAUUGCCAUAUCUAUUGUACAGUUUUUGAGAGAAUUAUACACUUACAAUUAA